AUGCUUCAAAGGUACUCAUUACUCACCAAGACCAAACCAAUUGUUCUUUCACAAUUAAGAUACAAUUCCUCAAUAAACGAUAAAGCUUCAAAAUUAGUUAAUGAUUUAAAAGAACCAAUCAAAGAUGCAAAAAAUAUAAAAGAUACCAUAAAACAAGAAAGUGCUAAUUUAUUAAAUCAAUUCUCAAAUGAAAAAGAAAUUAACCUUGAUGUUAUUAAUAAAUAUAAACAUCUUUUAGAAAAAAAAGCAAAAGAAUUAGGAAUCAACAAUAUUGAAGAUUUGAAAGACAAAUAUAAAGAUCAAAUUGAAAAAGUUAAAUUUGAUUUAGGUGGAGUUGAUCCUUUGAAAGAGUUUAGUAAUUGGGCAAAACAACAACAUGAAGAAAAACCAAAAGAUGGUUCAGUAAUUAAUAUAAAUAAAGCAAAUAAGGAACAAGAACAAUUACCUUUUAAAGUAUUAAACGAUUUUAUUGCAGUAGACAAAGCAAAGGAUUUACCAACUUAUGAUAUUAAAGAAAUUUGGAAACAUAGAUUUGCAAAUAAAGAUAGAACAUUACAUGCUACUUUGAGUGCGGAGCAAUUUGCAGACAUAUAUGUCAAUGCUCACAAGUAUCCAUAUUUCAUUUUACCUUUGCCAAAGCCUAAACAAGACGGUCAUGAAUUGGAAUUCAUUCAAUGGGCAUUUGUUGGUCCAAAUACUACUCAUUGUUUGAUUACAACAUUAGCUGAAUAUAAAAUCAAUCAAGAGUUUUCAAGACCACAUACUAUAUUAACAUUCCAUCAAGAAUUCGCUCACGAUAAAGACUUAGUAUUAAUGAACGGGUAUGUUGAAAAAGAAAGUGGUCUUACAAUGCAAGAAGCUCAAGUAUUGAUUUUGAAUAUUCAAACCUUUUACUCUGGUAAAUCAAAAGAAAAAUUGGAAUUACUCAAGAGCUUUAAUGAAGGUAGUGAAAAGUUUAAUGUCGAGGACUUGAUCAAGCAAUGCCAAACUUAA